AUUUGGGUGUCGCGUGACUAGGCGUGAACCAAUCGGUGGUGUUGUUCUAGGCAGGCCCGCGGAAAGUCAAAGGCCGUUUGAAAACGUUUUUUUUCUAAAUGUUUCGAAAUUAUUUUCCUCAGAAUUGAAGCGUUCGACUUUUUUUUAAUCGGCUGCACUCUUCGUAGCGGUGACACAGAGGAAGGGGUUGGUCGUAAAGUCCAAAGUCUCGAGACGUGUCUUUGACUUUGUUUCUUAUGCUCGGUUUUAUUUGUUCCGAAGGAGGUUGAAAGGGGGAGGGGAGGGGAGGAGAGGAAGAGAAAUUUCCGGCCAAGAUCGGAGUGCUGCGAAUUGAGGGCUGAAAACACUCAGCUGGGCCCUGCAGUGAGACUGUGAAUGGGAGACGGCAACCUGGGACUCGCGUGAGGAUAGUAGGGCCCAUCCCUCCCUCCCUCCACCACAACACACUGGAGCGGCAGUGACUGGCAAGCUAUUCUAUCAUCAUUGCAAUCAAUCCAAAUCUGUCCUCGGUGUGACCACAUGUUUGUUUUGCAGCCAAAAUGUCCACUUUCCAACAGAAGUCAGUGGAUUGCAGAUAUUGAGCACUGACGUCAACACUCGUGCAGGCCUCUGUUGGAAUAAAUACAUGCCGUGGUGGAGCAGUAUGGAAUCGACAGUCGAUGAUGAUGCAGUGGAUGUUUGAAUGAGGUGACAGCAGCGGGAAGGAGAAACGAUGCCCAAGAGUGGGUGUUCUAAAACACCACUUUCAGAAGGUUACCUACUCAACAUCGAUAUGGUGGAAAAACAGUCCGGGAAGAAGGAUAAGGAUAAAAUAUCAUGUAACAAGACCCCAAAGCUGGACCGAAGUGAUGGAGGGAAAGAGGUGAAAGAGAAAGCAACAAAGAGGAAACUGCCUUUCUCUGUUGGAGUUAACAGCAGUGAUCAGAAAGAUUCAGACACAGAAAAGCAAGGUCCAGAGCGGAAACGAGUGAAAAAGGAGGCUGGAGUCAGAAAAUCUGGAUUGUUUGGAGCAGGAAUAAGAGCUGGCUGUCCACUUUCAGAACGACAACAAGUUGCUUUGCUGAUGCAAAUGACAGCAGAGGAAUCAACAAACAGUCCAGAUCGUACUCCAAAGCAUCCCUCACAGUCGAUUCUUGGACAAAAGAGAACACCAAGUUCUGCCUCCAAAACCAAAGACAAAGUAAAUAAAAGGAAUGAGCGUGGUGAGACACGACUUCACAGAGCUGCCAUCCGGGGAGAUGCACGGCGGAUUAAAGAACUUAUUAGUGAAGGUGCAGAUGUAAAUGUGAAAGACUUUGCAGGAUGGACGGCACUCCAUGAAGCAUGUAAUAGAGGUUACUAUGAUGUUGCUAAGCAACUUCUCGCAGCAGGUGCUGAAGUCAACACAAAAGGCCUGGAUGAUGACACACCUCUUCAUGAUGCAGCUAAUAAUGGUCAUCGCAAGGUUGUGAAGCUGCUGUUGAGAUAUGGAGGGAAUCCUCAUCAGAGUAACAGGAAAGGAGAGACACCACUCAAAGUUGCCAAUUCCCCCACCAUGGUGAACCUAUUACUGGGAAAGGCUUCCUGCAGCUCCAGUGAUGAGAGCUCAACAGAAACUUCAGAAGAUGAAGAUGCUCCCUCCAUGGCACCGUCCAGUUCAAUUGAUGGUAAUAACACAGACUCAGAAUUUGAGAAGGGCCUAAGGCACAAAAUCAAGCGACAAGAGUCAUCUAAAACAAUAACACCAGUCAAGGAUGAGUAUGAAUUUGAUGAGGAUGAUGAGGAAGAUAGAAUACCACCUGUUGAUGACAAACAUUUGCUGAAGAAAGAUUAUCGAAAGGACAUAAAAAUAAAUAAUUGCAUUUCUAUUCCUAAAUUAGAGACAAAAACCUAUUCUAAAAGUUCCCUUCUAACACCAAAGAAAACUCCACGACGUAUAUUAUCUGACACCAACAGUUCGGAUGAAGAAGAUCGAUUAAUACGUUUCUCUCCUCCUCUUAGCAGGCCUUUAGCGCACGCUAGUCUGCCGAAUGCAAGUUCUAAACAAAGGGAGUCACUGGUAAAAAAGCAGCAAAAGGAAAAAUCUAAAGUGAAAAAAAAAUGGAGAAAAGAAGUGAAAAACGAGGAAGUUAGAUUGGGUAAGGAUGAAGACCUAUUCAAUUCAUCUGCAACAGAUGGUGAUGACUCAGAAAGCGAUGAGGAGGAUAAAGGUUCCAUACAGAGUGGAAUUAGCAUGAAGGAGUCUUUUAUGAGCCUGAAAGAAUCAACAAUGUUCACUUCACUUUCUGCAUCCUGCACUACUUCUCAAGCAAGCUAUGUGUCCUCAAAGCAUAUUCCCAUUCUUGGAGAACACCAUUCUAAACCUUGGCGAACUGAUAGUUGGAAAUCAAACAUGUCACCAGUGUGGUCUGAUGUGAGCUCUUUGUCAGAGUCUGUGAGAACAAGACUCACAAGUGAAUCUGAUUAUUCUUCAGGAGAUUCAAGUUUAGAGUCUAUUAAACAAACAAAAGAAGUGAAAAUUCAUAAAAAGAAAAGUCUGAUUGAUGGAGAUGUUGUAGAAAAGAAAGUGACUGAUGAUAUCUUUAAGAUUUUGAACACUGAUGGAAUAGUUCGGAAAUUUGAUAAGAAGGGCAAAGUUAUUAAAAAGCAUAAAAUGAAGCACAGGCACAAAAUAAAAGAAAAGGAGAAAGGGAAGUCUCAGAGCUCUCUGACAGAGCAUGAUAAAUUCUCAAAAGCUGAGAGUUUAGAUAUGGAGGAGUCUAAGCAAAGAGCAGACAAAUCUUUAAGUCCAGAAAAUGAAAAUCUUUUAAUUGAUAGAGUAAAAGUAGUUAAACAUGACAAAGAAGAAUUGAAGAAGGAAGAAAGAGAAAAACUUUUUAAAGUCAAACCUGAAGAAAAAGACUGGUUACUUAAAGAUGAUGUAGUGAAAACCUGUAAAGAAGAAAAGCUAACAAAGAAAGUUCGCGAUGUCACUAAAGAUAGCAACAAAUCUCUAAAAGAAGAGAAAGAGAAAAUGUCCAAAGUCAAUAAAGAAAAAUAUUUUAAAGAGAAAGAAAAAUAUUCAAAAGAAGAAAAGCUCAAAAUCCACAAAGAUGAUAAAAAGAAAAAGGCAAAAGACAAAUUUUCAAAAGGUGAGAAAUAUCUAAAAUCCGAUAAAGACAGAACGCUUAGAGAUGACAAGGAAAAACUAAAAAAGGAAAAGACUCGCAAAGAGGAGUUGGACUAUGAGGAUCUGAAAAUCAGGAAUCCGUUUUUAGAUGAUGAUGCGUUCAGUGUGUCCGACCAUGAAGACAAAUGGUGUUCAGAUUUAUCCUCUGAUUCUUCUUUCUCUGAUUUAAAAGAAGAUAAUUGGAGUAUUCCAAUCAAAGACUUAAAGGAACACAAAGAUGGCGCAGUUGGUAAACUGGUUGUUGAAACAAUGAAGGAAGAAAGUAAGGAAAGGAAAAAGGAAUUGAAGUUAAAAGAAAAGCGAGAACUAAAUGAAAAGCACCAUGAUAAAGACAUGAGAAAGAAAGAUCGAGAUUAUGUAGAAAAAAGCGCUGAGAAAAAAAAGGACCCAUCUGAUAAACAUAAGUCAGGACAAGGAUGUCCUCUGGAGAAGGAGAAAAAAAGAAAAGACUCCACUGAAAGUGCUAAGGACCGAAAAGAUAAAGAUACCUUUGAAAACAUUAAAGAUAGGAAAGAUAAUGUUUCUGAAUACAGCAAGGAGAGGAAAGAUCUUAAAGGAAAACCAGAAGAUGCCUCGAAAGGUGAUCCAAGAGAGUUUGGGAGUGAAUGUUUCUUCAAAGAUAAGCCUGAAAGUGAUUUCACUGGAAGAAUUAUCGAAGCAAGGGAACGACAUUAUUCUGGGAAAGAGAAAGACAAGAAAGACGCACCUGAAAAGAAGGACAGAAUAAAAAUGGAAAAGCAUAAAGAUAAGUCUAAGGAGAAAAUUUCGUUGGAAUUUGAAAAGGAAAAAAUAGAGAAAAGCCUGAUUGAUAAAUUCUUGAAAGACAAAGAUAUUGAUCGAGAAAAGCUAUACAGAGAGCCAGGUAGUUUCAAAGACAAAAGAGAACAAAAAGAAAAGAACAAAGAUCUUUUCAGCCGAGACAAGGAUAGAAAAAUGUCAGAGGUGAACAAAGAACGAGAGAAAAUUGUAAUGGAGAAAUAUACCGAAAAAGAUAAAGAUGUUCCAGAAAGAAAGGAUAAAGACAAAAUAGAUAAACAAAAAGGAAUGGAUCUGGAACUAGGAAAGGAGAAAUGCUGGCAGAGCAGAGCAAAUGACAUCUUCACAGAUGAAAGUGGUGAUGAGGGACAUUAUUGUGAAUUUGAAAGUAAUCAGAUGUGUAGAAGUGACACUCAACCUGAAAAGGAAGAGACGAAGGCAGAGAGGGAGCCACUUUUCUCUGACAAACAGAGAAGAUGCUCAGUUGACAAACAUUCAGCAGAAAAGCAUAAAGAUAAAGAAUUGAAAGAUAAGAAAAAGGACAAAAUUUCAGAUAGUGGGAAAGAUAAGAAAGAAAAAUGUUUGUCUGAAAGACAGAAAGAGAAAAAGGACAAAGAACUGGGUGAUAAAUUUAAAGAAAGGAAGGACAGCAUGUUAACAAAUUCAAACCUAGAAAAGAAAUUCAAGCUGAAGCCUCCAGAAAAGGUAGAAAAGAGACAUUCCAGCGAUGAAAAGUUGAAAGCUAAGGGCAGGGAAAAAACUGACAAAGAACUUUUAUUGAAGGAAAAGAGGCUUUCAAGAGGAAAUAUUAUAGAAGAGGAAAAAAAAUGCCCAGAAAAACUGCCAGCUACAACUUUUAGUGAAUUGAAAGAUGAUUCCAAUGACAAGAGCAGUGAAAUUUCGUCUGACAGUUUUGCAGAAAGAGCACAUGAUUCUGCAGUGUGCAGUUUUAAUGAUGUUUCAAACGUUGAACAUGAUAUUGGAGAGGAAAAAGCAAAGGAUUCUCUUUUCGUUUUGUACACACAUGAAAAGAAUAAAGAAAAGGAAAGAAAUAGGCAUUCAUCUUCAUCAUCAAAGAAAAAUCAUGAGAAAGAGAAAAUAAAGAGAGAGAAACGAGAUAAGUCUGAGGAAUUCAGAGAUUCUGCGAGUAAAAGAGAAGGUUCAACAUUUGAAAGAGAACCCUUAAUGUCUGAGAGUGAUUUGCUAAGCCAUUUUCUAAAAGUUGAGAAAGAAGAUGAGCUUGACAAAAGUGUGGAUGCUGUGUUAAAUGAGAAAAAAGACAAGAGUGAGUCUGAAAAGGAGUUGUCUAAAAAAUCAGAAAAAGGUUUGGUCUCCAGUAAGGAGAGGGAUAAGGAUAAAAAAAGGAAAGAGAAACACAAGGACAAAUCAAAAGAUGACAAGGAAAAGCACAAGGAAAAACAUGCUGAAUUAACCAUGACUUGCAAACAUUCAAAAGAAGAACAAAAGUCUGGACUCAAAGACUCUCUCUCAAUAGUUAGAGAGCCACAUGGGAACAAAGAAAAAUCAAAAGAUGAUUGUUUCAAAAAUCAUGAUAUUAAACAAAAAGAAAAAAUCAAAGAUGGUGCAGAAAAGGAUAAAAAUGAAUCUGUUAAGUUUAGAAUGGGUGAAAAUGAUAAACUAAACCCGCCAAAAGAAGUUUUCCGUAAGGACAGCAGACCCAAGGAAAAGCUUUUAGUUGAUGGAGAUCUGAUGAUGACCAGCUUUGAGCGCAUGCUAAGCCAGAAAGAUCUAGAAAUUGAAGAACGUCACAAAAAGCAUAAGGAAAGAAUGAAACUAAAAGAGAAGCUAAGGCACAGAUCAGGUGAUCCCAAGUUAAGAGAGAAAUUCCGAAAUGCAGAAGAAGUACGUAGGAGAAACUUUGAUAUGCCAACUAAAAAGGGCUCAAUUGAGUCUCAACAAAGAGACAGAAAAAUCAAAGAUCAAGCACAAUGUCAAAUUAUAUCUCCAGAUACAAAAUCUCAGCCAGUUUCUGGUCCCGAUACAAAAGAUUGGCUACCUGGGUUGAAGGAGAAUUUGACUGCUUCACCGAGAUCUGAUCAAGAUAGACCCACAGGUGUUCCAAAACUGACUCCAGUGGUUUCAUGUCCAAGCUAUGAGGAUUUGCUGCCAGCACCCCAUACACCUAACUGUGUGAAUGAAGAUCUUACUGAUCUGUUUGAAGGAAUAGAGUCCCACAAUUCAGUGGCCAUCUCCACAAUAUCUAUGAAUGCUUGCUCUCCUUUUUUUGAUAGAUAUCUAAAUACCCCCACUAACAUUCAAGAAAAUUCAGAUCCAACCAGCUCUGUUCCUGGGUUGUAUCGAUCAUUGUCAGUGGAUGCCAGAAGGCCAGCAGAAGAUCAAGUUAACAUUAAUUCUGACAAAUUCUACAGGCAACAGAGUAUGCCAGCUUCAGCAGAUUAUGAUGCUUCUAUUCCUCAGCCAGUAGAGGAGAAGUCCGUUGUUCAGUCUGAGAGGUUCUCUGGCUUGUCCCCAUCGUAUGUUUCCCCUGAGUAUGGGAUUUCCUCACCACAUCUGGAGCAGUCUCAUUCUAGAGUGGCCAAAUCAUUUACUGAUAAUUUUAGCCCUUCACCUGAAAGUGUACUUAAUCAUUUGCAGACAGAAGCUUUGCAAUCACACAGAUAUGAUCAACUUGAGCCAACUCUAGAUAGUUUAGUUACUGACUUCGGUUUGCCAUUAGAUUCUUCAGAACAGCAAACAAAUAGUCCCCAGACUUCUCCUACUAAUUCAGCUUUAAGUGCCAGCUUUCUGCCUACAUCUGGUGAUGUAUAUGCUCCUAACGGGUCUGUCCAGAAUAAACUAAGCUAUCCAGCUUCUCCGCACAGAACAUAUGAACAACUGAGUCUGAGUCCUGUGGCUAAUUCAUUGGAUCAUUCAGUGAAUUGGUCAGUGGGUUCUGAGUUGCAACUGAGGCCACCUCAAGUAUCUCUUGGUGAACCCUCCAAACGCCUUUGUCCUUCAGAAGCUAUGAAUACUGCAGUCAUGCCAGCUGUUUCAUCUCCUUUUCCUGAAUCCCCUAUCCAGUGUCCAAUAUCAGCCCCUGACUUGGGGCAGGAUGGAGACGGAGGUAAUAUGACAUGUGUCGAGCAAAUGGAACACUCAUCAGCUUUAGAUGGUGCUAUCUGUUCUUCUCCUGGGAGAACAGAUUCACCAAGUGAUUCCUGCAAGCCACUUCCUGAAAAAUGUGUGAGUAAUGUGACUCAAGCUCCUGAAAACCAACAGGAACCAAUUAAUUCAGAAAAAUGCAUUCAGCUACACCAGAAUAUUACUUCUGAAGACCAGGAAGAACCCUUAUGGAAUGAUCCUUUUCCAAAUUCAAUAGAUGAUCUUGAUUUGGGACCAUUCUCACUUCCAAUGCUGCCAAUACAGGAUAAAGAAGAUCCACUUGUUGAAAUGACAGAGCCUGAAUCUGAUGAGCUUGCUGAAAUACCUGAUGUUAAUGAUUCUGCAGCUGUGAAUACUAGUACUGGAGUUAUAGAUUAUCCUCCUUUGUCAUCAGGGGAAGAGCAUGGAGCUAAUAGUAAGGUUCUAAAGAUGGAACCUACACUAGUAGAUGAUAACAUUGCAGAUGGUGACAGUAACCUAACAAUAGAAAAGGCUUCUGUGAAAGCUGAAGAUAUUGGGGAGAAUAAUGUUCAGUUGCUUUCAGUGCAGCAUGCUGAAUCACACACUGAAUUUGAAGACAAAUCUGUGGAUGCUACUCAGAAUUCUUUGCCAAAUGGCACUCUUUUCAAAGUAACUACAGAGAUGACGGCAAAACCAGUAAUUGAGUCUGUGAAGCCGAUCAAAGCAGAAGAGGUUCCUCAACGAAUUACAAGGAACAGAGCACAAAUGUUGGCUAAUCAAAUCAAACAAAAUAAUGCUAUAGCUAUGGAGAAGGAUACAGCUCCAGCUCAAUUAGGUAAAGCAAAAGGGCGAGUUAUGGAUGAGGAUGAUGCACAAGUGCAGCAUCCACGCAAGCGAAAAAUCCCUCGUGCAAAUCAUCAACCAAUGAUUCUCAACCCAUCAGCACAGCAAACUCGAGAAAUAAUUCAACAAACAUUGGCAGCUAUUGUUGAUGCAAUUAAAUUGGAUGAGAUUGAACCAUAUCACAGUGAUCGAUCAAAUCCCUAUUUUGAAUACCUUCAAAUUCGUAAAAAAAUUGAAGAAAAGCGUAAAAUCUUGUGCUGUAUUAUCCCACAAGCCCCUCAGUGCUAUGCUGAAUAUGUCACGUAUACUGGCUCUUACUUGCUGGAUGGAAAACCUCUCAGCAAGCUCCAUAUCCCAGUGAUUGCACCACCUCCAUCCUUGUGUGAACCACUGAAGGAACUUUUCAGGCAUCAGGAAGCAGUGCGUGGCAAACUACGCCUACAGCACAGCAUUGAGCGGGAAAAGCUAGUAGUUUCAUGUGAACAAGAAAUUCUACGAGUACACUGUCGAGCAGCAAGGACAAUAGCAAACCAAGCAGUACCGUUUAGUGCCUGCACAAUGUUGCUUGACUCUGAGGUUUACAACAUGCCAUCAGAAAGCCAGGGGGAUGAAAAUAAAACGUCUGUGAGGGAUCGGUUCAAUGCUCGGCAGUUUAUUUCGUGGCUACAGGAUGUGGAUGACAAAUAUGACAGAAUGAAGACAUGCUUAUUAAUGCGGCAACAGCAUGAGUCAGCUGCAUUGAAUGCAGUCCAACGAAUGGAAUGGCAGCUAAAAGUGCAGGAUCUUGACCCAGCCGGACACAAGUCCUUGUGUGUCAGUGAGGUCCCUUCCUUCUAUGUGCCAAUGGUUGAUGUGAAUGAUGACUUUGUGCUUCUGCCAGCAUGACAGUGUUAACAUGUAAUUGAUAACAAUGCGUGGCACAAAGAAGGAUACUUCCCAAAGGAACGUUAGUUCAAGUUUAUUUUUCUUUUAAAUCCUUAAGUGCUGCUUGCUAAUGAUUCCCUGUUUCAUGAGGAGGAAGCAUCAUUUAAACUAUAUUGCACUUUUCACAGAUUUUAGAUAUCACUUCUGCAGGGAAGAAGGAUGUCAAGAUAGGUCAGUGGUUCAGAUGUAAUGAGACUUAAGCAAUUACAGCCUGCAAGCUAAAUGGGGAAGUAGCAGGCCGAAAGUUAUAUACCCAUGUUGAAGAGCAGAACAGUAAGAUUCAGCAUACUGUGCUUGCUGACAUACCAGUGACCUUAAUCAUUUUUUUGCAGGAGAGAGGCAGUCAUUAUUCAGUAAUUUGUGUUGAAGUUGUAAUUUCAGUUCCACUGUAAAGAACUGUUGGGAAAAGGAGUACCGGUUUUGCAUACCUCUUCAAUUGUAGACAAUGUCAGCUGAUCAAAUUUUCACAAAAUGCGUUCAGAUUUAAAUGUCAUUUAUCAAAAUACAGGCCACAACUCUGAAAGCAAGACUUUAAGUGCAUUCUGAAUCAAGUUAUCAGUUUGAAGAUCACAAUCAUUUUAUUUCAAAGGGAAAGAGAUGUAACAUUUUCAGUCAUCUAGUAACUUCCCAUCAUGCCCUUUAUGUGCAUUCUCAUCCACAAUUGGUCAUGUGACAUUAAGUCUACUUGUUGGCUGCAGUUCUGUUACUCCUGAGAACAAAAGUACCUCGAGGCAUAGAAGUCCUGUGGAAGAAGUGAUUUUAUGAUACGGCACUGUGUAUGUUGUUUCCCUCUUUCCCCCCACCCCCCCCCCCCCAACUCAUUAUCCCUACUUUAAUUCUUGGGCAUUCAUUGUUUCUCUGGCAGAGAGCAUCACUUGACACUACAGAGCCAAUGCUUAAAAAGUAUAUCCCUAAAUGCUGUACAGUUUUUAUAUGCGUUAACCAGUGUACAAUGAUGGCAAUGGCUGCCUUUAGAUAAUUUAUUUUGCCACACAUUACUGCACAGUUGUAAAUAACUCCUCAUUCUGUAAUAUCAUUUUUCAGAGCUAAAUGUAAAAAAAACCUCACUAUGUACAGUUUUUUUAGAUGGCACUUUCAUUUCAGUUUGGAAAAUGGGCCAAAAAAUUGAAAUGCUCAUUGUUUUACUGCUAAGCAUUUGGAAAGUUGCAUCCUUGCAAUGAAACAGAAUUUUGUUAUGGCUGCAACAAAUUUGGUUACUCAAAAAUUUUACACUAUGUUGCUAGUGUGGAGCAGAUCCUUCAACUUUAUUAUUAAACUGUGCAGUUUCUUUGCUAAAUGUUUACAUAUAGGUAAAACUGUUGCACAGUAACUUUAAAAAGAAGCACUGAUUCUGAUUUAGCAGAUAAAAAGUUUGAGGACAAAUGUCACAUUAGUCACCCAAUGUAAAAUGCACACUGGGUAUUUGAAAUAUUAUUUCUGCCUUUGUGAGGCGUAUGUAUACCCAGCAGGAAAUUUGUUACUCAAUACUACAGCAUUUUCAAUUUUAUUUUAUUCAGUUUAAGGAACAGAGGUUGUAUAAUUCGUAAGAUACUAAUUCUUACUAAAAUGUCAUGACCAGAACAGGGAAUAAUCUGGUUAAGCACCAGUAAGUUUUAUUAACAUAAUCAUAAUAAUCAGAAUAAAGGAGCAUUUUUUUAAAAAAGAUGAGUACCUAUAUAUAAAACUCUUAGUAAAGAAGCAUAGCCAUCCUUUAAAAAGUGUAUCUUUUGCAUGCAAGACUGGAUUUCAAACCUCUGACACAAUUUAGAACUGCUGAAGAAAAUAAAAAUCCUCACAUUAUUGGACAUCAGUGGAUAUGAAAUAUACUUUUGACUUGGGCAAGUUAUUUGUCCUUCAGAUCUAAAGAGAAACCUAUACUUAUAACUGGCUGUGAAUUUUUACUGUACAAUUACAGUACCUCACCAAUAAAUCUUGGAAGUAUACAUUCAGGUACGUGCAAACUGGUUCAAAGCAAGUUCAGGAUCGAAGUCAGAAUUAAUUUGGCAAUUCAGAAAGUGGCUAAUCCCCGGAAUCAUCAUAAGUUGCAUAGUAGAGGCAGACCUCUCUAAAUGCUGUCUGGGAAGAACAUCUCUGUAAAUGCAAGAGCUAUGCAGAUGAACUGGUUUCUAUUAUCUGUACUUGCCUCUGGUAAAUGUAUAUAUCUGCAGAACUUGUCAAAGGAUAUUUGCUGUAUCACAUUUCCCUGUUUAUAGAUUUGUUACGGGCUUUAUCAUUUUUUUUUCUUAACCCCACUCAGUCCAUACUUAUUGUUUUUAGCUGAAUUGUGAGCUGUCACAUGUAGGUUUUGGUUUACAAUAUGGUUGAACAUUUAAGAUGGAAGUUUUAAAAAGAGGGAAUGAUAUAACUAAUGUGCAGUUUGAAAAACAGCCCAGUGUUGCUCACCCUGUAAGUGCUGGACAGCCGGCAGUUCUCAUUGUAGCUGCUGGUUAUUUUUCUGCCAUGGCAUUUUAAUUAUCAUAAUUUGAGUUUUUAAUUAAGUGAGCUAAUGUUAUAAUCAAUGAGUUUGUGGUGAAUUUUUAAGUUGCUGCAGAAAUACAUACACCAGUUAUCCUCAGAAUUUUAAAUCUAAACGUCAUACAUUUUUAAAUUCAGUGUGAUUGUUGAAGAAAAUUUCUACACGUAUCAAAUAUUUUAACUUAUUCAGAACAGUGAAAGAUAAUUAGAACACAUCUACUAUAUUUGUGUUUGUAAAUCACAGCAGUUAUCCAAUUAUGCAGCAGGCGCAGUUCUUCAAUGUGUCCACAUGGUGGCAAUGUGCUGAAAUAGUAUUUUAAAACCAACCCUCGUUUUCCAAACGUAAUAAAUCUGGUGUUUUCCUUGCAAAUACCUUUACAUUUAAUGGAAAGAUUAAGAUGCGUUUGUGCUGUGCGAGCUGGCUUUUAGUAGUAUGUAAAUCCGACUUUUUUUAGGUUUACUAAGGGCAUUAUAUUAUUUCUUAAUAAAAAUUGAACUAUUAUGUAUUUUGAACUACCUGAUUACUCUGGUUCAUUCACAAUAUUAAAUUGUUUUUUUUUAACAUACUUACAUAUGCAGAAUGUCCUUCAGUUAGUGCCUGGAAAUAAUUGAAAUUUUAUCUGGGUAAUUAUUAAGUAGAAAGUUUAAAACUUCAGUAAGAAAAGUAUUUUUGAUCGUUUACACUAACCUCAAUAUCCAAUUCCUCUUCUGUACUGUAUUUUGAUCGGUUGUACUUUUUGUUUCUUUUUGGAGAGUAAAUGUAUUAUAAGUCAGAUGUUUGUUAUCUCUAAUGUUAGCAGUUGAACUGCGCGCAUUGUGUACCACUUUUAGCAACUGGACUUCUUAAAUGUAGGGCUCAAACAGUGGAGCAAACACAUCUAUUUCUAAAGACCAACAGACUGACGAUAUAUUAAAAAAAACUGUAAUACUUUUGUAACAAUUGGAUACAAUGCAACCAAAUUAAAAUGUAUGUUGAACUUCAGCUAAUAUUAACCUGUAACCUUUCUCUCUCUACCCUCUCAAAAUUCGUUUUGAAUGUAAAAUCAUUUUCGUGGACCAGUCAACAAAUUAUUCCUGAAUAAAGUAAGCAACUCCUUGUCAUAUUAAAUCACAUUUCCAUUCAGUUUAGGACUACCCCUCUUCCAAACUAUCUCUGCCCUUUUGACUUACAUAAUUUAAUGUUUUCACUCCUAAGGGUGUGUAGGAUUUAGCAAUUUUGUGUGUUCAAACUACAAUAACUAUUUUCUUUGCACCAUCUUCAAACAUGUUGCCAUUUCUUGAGGAUGUCAUUCUUUCUGACCCGGCACUGAGAAAAAUUACCUGAUUCUUCUGAGUUAAUUCUAGGAAUAACCAUUAUACAACUGGCAACGGUUGCAGUUUCAUGUAUGAUUUGACGCCAUUUUUGUGCUGCUUUAAUAUUCCUCCUUUUGCUUUAUCCAACAACUUUUUUUGUAAUCUCUCCACCCCCCACUCACUGUACUGUAUUCCAUUUCUGUAUUGUUUAUGGCAUUUUUAAAUCUACAGUCUUGUAUGUCAUUGGCUGGUGACUAUCGAGCAUCAAAUAUUGCAUGUAAUGUCACCUUGCUUGUAUGGAAUGUGUGAUGUCACUAUCAAAUAUAUUGUUGGGCACGGAAUGAGAAUGAUACUAGAUAACAAGUAAUGACAAUUGGAAAUUCUUUAUGCUAGUUAAAAUAUUGUUUGAGCCCUACUUUAUCGCUAAGAAUAAUAUUGUUCAUUAAGCGUGGAAAAUUGUUCUUAGCAGAGAUGUGCAAAAAGCUUGUAUUUCCUGUCAUGGUCACUCAAUUUUGUAAUGUGGAUCUCUACCACAGUACUGCCCAUACCCGUCUUCCAAGUAUAAAACAACUUUUUAAAGCAUCCUACAGUUCAUUUUAAAAAGCAGUGCUAGUUCAUGAUAGAAGGAAAAAUUAAAAAUGUGACUAAUGAUCUUUGGAUUAAACUGGAUUUUCUUUAGCCACCUUAGUUUUGCCUAUAAUUAUUAGCUUGACUCUUGAUCAUACACUCUGUAACUUUAAAUGAAAAUUAAUGUCUCAUCUGGUAUGUGAAUCAAUGCCCUCAGCUGCACUUGUUGUUGUAAGAAACAAUUUAUGAUAAAGAUAUAUACACAAUAGGCAUUUUUUAAAGUUACUGAAUCUUCCAUAUUUUCUUUCUCAUUGUUCCCAUUAUUGUUCCUAUGUUUGUGUAAGUAACAGUAAUGGACUGUGGAACAGCAUAGUAUAGUUCUCAUCUGUUGCAUGGUGAUUGGGAGUUAAAGCUUUCUGUAAAAGGAAGAAUGAAGAUGGAAAGCAUUUGAGUUGAAGUCUUUUGUGUACCAUCUCUUUCUGGGUGCCCAAUGAUGAAAUUUUGAGGUUAAAUGUAUCAUGAUAGAAAUAGUUGUUAAACCUUCCAUAAUGUAACUGCCAUGUUAAUAUUUGCAGAAUUGCUGAUAUUUUGCUGAGAAUACCUUUGUUUUGUACACAUGGAUUAGUUAUGUCUGUACAUCCUUUUAAACAAUUAGUUUCGAAAUCAGCAAAUGUUACAUUGAGAUGUGAGUCUGUAAAGACUGUGAGAAAGCUGUACAAAUAUCUUUCAUUAAGUACAAAAGUAUGGAACAUUCUGAUUCUUUGUUUAGUCUCUCAAAGAUGAGACUUGGCUCCAAGUAUUUCAAACACUAAGAGCAUAUUGGGAAUUAUUAAAAAGCCCAGUAUUGUCAAUUACCCAGACUAAAAUUUUAAUGUGACCAACAAUGAUGGUCCAAAAAUUUUGCACACCUCUAGUUAAUAGGGCAAUGAACUUUUUUUCUUUCUCUGACACCUGUGGUAAAUGGAUUGAAGUCUCAGAUGUGUAAAUGUUCUUGCAUUUGUAUGAGACAUUGUACAUAGCUGUAAAUAACACAUAGGUUCACACCCUCUUCUUUGUAAUAGUAAACUGUGUAGAAUGUGUUUUUUCUGAAAAACAAGUGGCAAACGUGCCAUCGGUGAUGUAAUGAUGUAAUUUUUUGUACAUUGUAGGUUAAUUGUGUACAUAUUGUUUGGCAGUCUGCUGCUGCUGCAGUACUGUUACUAGCUGUAUGAGUUCCUGCAAAACAAAUGUUAUUUUCUACAGUUGCAUGUACAGAGAGAAGAGAGAUGCUGUUGUCCCUCAAAAAUUAUGUUCGUAAAUAAAUGAAAAGAAAUCACUUGGUUUUUGUUUUUGUCA